AUACUGUACAUCAUAAAACUAUAGCUGUAAAUUUAGUUGAUGCGUCGUCCUUGGCCAUCAAAUGGUUAACUGACUGAGUCGCUACUGUUUUCCAGCCCUGAUAGGUCGUUCACAUGACAUAACAUCAGAACGUUACGUGAUCUGACAUAACACCGUGUGCGCAUGCGCAGUAUUGUGUUUUCAAAGACCUUUACAGCUCGUCGAAGAGGCGCAUAUUGACAGCGUCAUGAGCCGACUAAGCGUGAUGGCUGCGCUCAUGACUAGGGCGUGUGGGGCUCACAAGUUCCUGAGCAAUAAUACUUUCCCACUCUGUGGCAUUCAUGUUCGGAGUCUCCGUACAAAUGCAAGAACACUCCAUGCUGCAUCCACUAGUCUGGCUGUGAAAUUUCGGCCUCUCUAUGUCUUGGUGGGAACUGGUGGAGGUUACAUAGGCUACAGACAGUAUGAAAGUUACAAGGAUCACCGCCUGGAGAAUUUAGGCAUUGAGUUUCCACGGAAAGUAGCAUACUCCUGGGAGGUUGCUCUUUACAAGUCUGUGCCCACAAGACUACUAUCUCGCGCCUGGGGCCGCCUGAAUCAGGUGGAAUUGCCAACAUGGUUGCGUAAACCAGUGUAUAGUUUAUACAUUUGGACAUUUGGGGUAAAUAUGAAGGAAGCUGCAGUGGAAGAUCUGCACCAAUAUCGCAACCUCAGUGAGUUCUUCCGUAGAAAGCUGAAGCCACAGGCCCGACCAGUGUGCGACUCCCAUAUUAUGAUAAGUCCAUCUGAUGGAAAAAUCCUACACUUUGGCAGAGUGAAAAACUGUGAGGUGGAACAGGUUAAAGGGGUCACAUACUCUCUGGAGUCCUUUCUGGGGCCACAGACCUGGACUGAAAACGUGUCUGUCAGCAAAACUUCAUUUCAGGACAAGUUGGUGACAAAAGAAGGAAACCAGUUGUAUCAUUGUGUCAUUUAUCUGGCACCUGGGGACUAUCACUGCUUCCACUCACCCACUGAUUGGAAUGUGCAUCACCGCAGGCAUUUUCCUGGCUCCCUCAUGUCGGUGAAUCCAGGAGUAGCUCGUUGGAUAAAAGAGCUCUUCUGUUAUAAUGAGCGAGUCGUACUUACAGGUGGCUGGAAACAUGGAUUCUUUUCCCUGACGGCAGUGGGGGCCACAAAUGUGGGCUCUAUACGCAUAUAUUUUGAUAGGGAUUUACAGACUAACAGCCCUCGCUACAGUAAAGGCUCUCACAACGAUUUAAGCUAUGUAACGAACAAUAAUCAGGAUGGAAUUGUUAUGAGGAAAGGAGACCAACUAGGAGAAUUUAACCUUGGUUCCACCAUUGUCUUGAUCUUUGAGGCGCCAAAAGAUUUCACUUUUAACUUGAAGGCUGGGCAGAAAAUACAUUUUGGUGAAGCUGUGGGUUCUAUGUAGAACACCAUUUGUAAUCCUGCCUUGAAGAUGAAACAUGUGCCCAGUUGCACUGUUCUGCUCUGAAGAAGCCUGGUGCUGACACACACGCGGCAGUGUCUCUGCAGAUGUAAAUGUCUGCACAUGCUAAACAUAGUGGUGGUGGUAGUAGCUGCACAAACCAUCUGCUCUGCCCACUGCAUCAUACACCAGCCCCUUCCUACUCUCACUCAGCACUUAUUUUUGGUUGCUUCCAUUUUUUUCUCUCUCCUUGUUUAAGAGAUGUUGGUUGUUGACUUUUGCAAUGCUGUGCUGGAGCAGCUUGUUGCCAUUUUUAAAAAAAAUGAAGAAUGUCUAUUUUUUAUGACAGCAAUCAUUUUUGUAACCUUUGAAAAUCUGCUACUUUUAUCAGUCGAUGGAGGAAUGCCAUAUACUAGGAAGAGAAAGGACAAACUGCCAACCUCAGGGAAGUGCUACCCUUAAGGCAGCCUCUGUCCCAACACUGACAUUCACCCAAAUGAUGACUAAAUUGACGCCAUCUUAUAGACCGGAAAAUGAAGGUCAGAUUCCUGUGUGCAGAACCUGCUUCAGAUAUGUGGGUGGAGGAUUAGCACUAUGGAUUUUUACUGAAACCUUGGAGAAGCUGUAGCACUUCUCUUUUUUACUUUGGAAGGGUACAAUUUAUGUAAUACAUUAAUUCAUUUAAUAGUUAACAUUUUGAAAUAAAAUAAUAAAAGAUCCAAUAAAAAACA